AUGGCUUGUGCAUUAGUGUUAGCCAUCCUUGUCUCAUCGGUUUUGCAUCCUUUGUCUCUGACAACAUUAGCUGAUGAAUCCGACAACAACCGAGACGCUCUGCUCUGCCUCAAGUCUCGCCUCUCCAUCACCACAUGGAACACCACCUCGCCUGAUUUCUGCACUUGGCGCGGCGUCUCGUGCACAGGGCAGCCACAACUACCCCUGGUGGUGGCCUUGGACAUGGAGGCACAAGGCCUCACCGGCGAAAUCUCGCUCUGCAUGUCCAACCUCACGUCGCUGGUGAGAAUCCACUUGCCGAACAACCAGCUCUCUGGCCAUCUCCCACCAGAGAUUGGCCGGCUCUCUGGACUCCGGUACCUCAACCUCAGCUCCAACGCGCUCAGCGGCGAGAUCCCGGAAUCGCUGUCCUUAUGCUCUAGCCUUGAUGUCUUGGCGCUGAGCAGCAACUCUGUUGGAGGUGCGAUCCCACCUCUACUCGGUACGCUUCGCAACCUAUCCUCUCUAGACUUGUCCAGCAAUAAACUUUCUGGUGAGAUUCCACCUCUACUCGGGAGCUCACCGGCUCUGGAGUCUGUCAGUCUCGCCAACAACUUUCUCGAGGGAGAAAUCCCGCUGUUUUUGGCAAAUUGUUCCUCCCUUCGCUACCUUUCUUUACAAAACAACAGUCUUUCUGGGGCCAUACCGGCAGCUCUUUUCAACAGCUCAACCAUCACAGAGAUACAUGUUUCAAUGAACAAUCUUUCUGGACAAAUUCCACCUUUCACAAACUUCCCUUCAAAGCUCAACUACCUCCAUUUAACAGGGAAUAGCCUAACUGGAAUUGUGCCGCCCUCAGUAGGAAAUCUCACACGGCUUACAGGUCUGUUAAUUGCGCAAAACCAGUUGCAGGGAAACAUUCCGGAUUUAUCCAAGCUAUCAGGCCUGCAAUUCCUUGACCUCUCAUACAACAAUCUAUCAGGGAUAGUGCCACCGUCCAUUUACAGUUUACCUUUGCUGAGCUUUCUUGGGUUGGCCAACAAUAAUCUUCGAGGAACACUUCCUUCUCAUAUGGGAAACACUCUUUCUAACAUAAAUUCAUUGAUUAUGUCUAAUAAUCAUUUUGAGGGUGACAUCCCUGCAUCGCUAGCCAAUGCCUCCAGAAUGGAGUUCCUAUAUCUCGGAAACAAUUUGCUGAGUGGGGUGGUUCCUUCCUUCAGUUCCAUGACGAAUUUGCAGGUCCUAAUGCUGUACUCAAAUCAGCUAGAAGCUGGAGACUGGACAUUCUUCUCGUCCUUGGCAAACUGUACACAGCUGCUAAAGGUGAACUUGGGCGGAAACAAACUACGUGGCAAUUUGCCGCCUGGUUCUGUAGCAACCCUGCCCAAAAGUAUGGUUAACUUGAUUUUACGGUCAAACUACAUAUCUGGCACUAUUCCUUUGGAGAUUGGGAACCUGUCUAAAACUUCCCUACUUUAUCUUGAUAACAAUAUUUUCACAGGGCCUAUACCUUCUAUUCUUGGCCAGCUAAGCAAACUGGUUGUUCUUAGCCUAUCACGGAACAAGUUCUCCGGAGAAAUUCCACCUUCCAUUGGUAACUUGAAUCAGUUGACGGAACUUUAUUUACAAGAAAAUGAAUUAAGUGGAAGCAUACCUACAAGUUUAGCUGGCUGCCAGAAAUUGGUGGCACUAAACCUUUCCAGCAAUGGCCUCAACGGAAGUAUCAAUGGGCGCAUGUUUAGCAAGUUGAACCAACUGAGUUGGUUACUUGACCUAUCACAUAACCAGUUCACAGAGUCCAUACCUCUGGAAAUUGGUAGCUUGAUAAACCUUGGCUCCUUGAACCUUUCGCACAACAAACUCAGAGGCAAAAUCCCAUCCGCACUUGGUGCAUGUAUCCGGUUGGAAGCACUGAACUUAGACAGGAACCUCCUAGAAGGAAGCAUUCCAGAGUCAUUGACAAACCUCAAGGGUGUCAAAGUAUUAGAUUUCUCCCAAAACAAUUUAUCCGGCACAAUACCAGAAUUCCUUGAGACGUUUACUUCGCUGCAAUACCUAAAUAUGUCCUUCAAUAACUUUGAGGGGCCAGUUCCGAUAGGUGGAGCCUUUGCUAACACAAGUAGUGUUUUUGCCCAAGGAAAUGCACUUCUUUGUUCAAAUGUUCAAGUCAACGAUUUGCCCAGGUGCUCCACCUCGGCAUCUCAGAGAAAGCGCAAGUUCAUUGUUCCAUUGUUGGCAGCUCUGUCAGCUGUUGUUGCAUUGGCCUUGAUCUUAGGGCUGGUUUUCCUGGUUUUCCAUAUUUUGAGAAAGAACAAGAGGCGGAGAUCAAGUCAGUCCAUUGACCACACAUAUACGGAGUUUAAAAGAUUAACAUAUAAUGAUGUAAGCAAAGCAACGAAUGGCUUUUCUCCGAACAAUAUAGUUGGUUCUGGGCAAUUCGGGAUAGUGUAUAAAGGUCAGUUGGACGGAAAAGACAGCUUGGUGGCUGUUAAAGUGUUCAAACUUAAUCAGUAUGGUGCAUUGGAUAGCUUUAUUGCUGAGUGCAAAGCUUUGCGGAACAUCCGGCACCGAAAUCUCGUGAGUGUCAUAACUGCAUGCUCAACUUACGAUCUGAUGGGGAAUGAGUUCAAAGCUCUCGUAUUUGCAUAUAUGGCAAAUGGUAGCCUUGAAAAUCGACUUCAUGCUAAGAUCCAGAAGAAUGCUGAUUUGAGUUUGGGGACAGUGAUAUGCAUAGCAGUUGACAUUGCGUCUGCUCUGGAAUACCUUCAUAACCAAUGCAUCCCACCAGUGGUUCACUGUGAUUUGAAGCCAAGCAACAUACUCUUUGAUGAUGACGAUAAUGCGUAUGUCUGUGAUUUUGGGCUAGCAAGGUUAAUUCAUGGUUAUUCAUCUGAAGCUCAGAGCAACUCAACAAGCAUAUCUGGACCAAGGGGAACUAUUGGAUACAUUGCUCCUGAGUAUGGCAUGGGCAGUCAAAUCUCAACCGACGGCGACGUCUACAGUUACGGCAUCAUACUUUUAGAAAUGCUAACGGGGAAAAGACCUACUGAUGAAGCCUUCAGUAAUGGCCUUACACUCCAGAAGUAUGUGGAUGCAUCACUUUCAGAGAUUGAACACAUUCUUCACCCCAGCCUUAUGCCAAAAACUGGAGAUCAGCAUACUGUUACCCCCAAAAUAGAAGAAUACAAGCCAACUACAGUGAUGCAUAUCUGCGCUCUGCAACUCCUUAAACUUGGGCUGUUAUGCUCCGUCGAGUCACCAAAAGAUCGCCCAAGCAUGCAUGAAAUUUAUGGCGAAGUAAUGGCUGUAAAAGAAGCAUUUUUCUCUAUGAACAGUUGAGAGCUACAGUACAAGCCUAGAACAGUUUUGAUAUACUGUAUACAGAUUUAUGUCGCAGCUACUUCCGUUUAUUAGGGUCUUUCUUCAUUGUAAAAGCUAGGUAGCUAAUUUCUGAAUCUUCUAAUGUACUCCCUCUGUUCACUUUUAUAAGACGUUUUAGAUGGUUCUAGAUGGUUCAGACAACUCCCAAAACAGUUCAAAAUCAGCUGUCUAAAACGUCUUAUAAAAAGGAACGGAGGGAGUAAAUUUCACUAUGCAUUGAUGUUAAAGGCCCUGAGCUAUUAUGUAAAAGCGAACUUCACUUGGGAUAAAAAGCUGAUGGCUAUGUUUUCCUAUUGCUUUCAUCAAUGCCAAAGCAACUUAGCCUCCCCACCCAACCGUGUGGGACAAUAAUCAACUAUUACCAAUAUAUUUCCAAUUGAACUAUCUGCAUUGGUGUUGGAAGUUGCUGCUUUUCUAAUCAGAAAUCUCUGUAUUUGCCUCCCUACCGAAUAAUUGAAACACUAGCUAACAUUAAUGUAUGAUGUGUCAAGUUUGGACCACCCAGUACUGGUACUAGUAGAGACUGCAACGAAGCCUAAUCUUUACGGACUGAGACUACAAGUCCGGUUAAAUCAAAUUUGAAGCAAAAAAGUACACAAUCGAUACGGUAAUUUUGGUAUCUAACACGGAAAUAACAGGACUAGAAAAGAAAAUAGUACCCUAAAAAAGGAAAAGAAGAGAAAAUAGCA